AUGUGCCUUGGGGGCCGGGGAGGGGCGUGCUGGGAGCGGGGCCAGAGCCGGGGCCUGGCAGGGCCCGCCCAGAGCUGCAGCGGCCGCAAAGAGCCGCUGGAGUGCCGAGACGGGGGGCUCCAGAGCGCCCUGUACACAGGGGGCUCGCAACAGGUGCGGCGGCCCUUCGCGGAGCCAGCCCAAGCCAACCUCGUCCUUCUGGCCAAGAGCCGGGACCUGCGCUGGGCCAGCCAGAAAUGGGGGCUCUGGUCACUGACCUACGAGCAAGAGCUCACCACCCCGCUGCACAUCACAGCGAGCCGUGGCUUUGUGGACUGCCUGCGCCACCUGCUGCUGCGGGGGGCAGACGUGGACCUGGCCCCCGGGGGCCAGACUGCGCUGCACGUGGCCUCCACCGCAGCCAGGACAGACUGCCUCCGGCUCCUCCUCUCCUUUGGUGCUGACCCCGAGGCCGUCUCUGAAGAUGGGCUGAGGCCGCUGCACCUGUGCCAGAGCCCAGAGUCCCUGCAGUGUGCUCGGCUCCUGCUGUGCCACGGGGCCACGGUCAAUAGCACCACUGAGGAGGAGGAGGAGACCCCCCUUCACAGGGCUGCUCGACUGGGCCUGGCGGAACAUGUCCGGCUCUUCCUGAGCUACGGGGCCAGCCUGGAGGCCAGGAACGCGGAGGGGCAGACGCCACUGAACGCCGCCUGCGCCCAGCCUCACCCUCCCCAGGCCACAGAGGACUACUUCAAAGUGUGCCAGCAGCUGGUGGCCGUGGGCGCCCAGGUGAACACCGCUGACCACGACCGCCAGCGCCCGCUCCACCAGGCCUGCAAGAAUGCCAACCCCCGCGUGGUGGAGCUGCUCCUGGCCCACGGCGCCAAUGUCAACAUCAUGAGCUACAGCGGCAACAUGGCUAUGCACAACAUCCUGCAAGUGGCAGCCUACAAGACGGACCACCAUCCAGAGCAGGUGGUGCGCGACCUGCUCAACCACGGGGCGGUGCGGAUCUGGCCGGGAGCCCUUCUUAAGGUGCUUCGCCAUUGCUGUGCUUCCCCGCGCACCAUCGAGGCCCUGGUCAACACUUAUGAGCACGUCCGUGUCACGGAGGAGUGGGCGGAGGCUGUCCCCACGGAACUUGUGCAGAAGCACCCCCGGUUUUUCCAGUCACUCUUCUCCCUGGGCCACAGGCCCCGAUCCCUGCAGCACCUGGCUCGGUGUGCCCUGCGGAGCUACCUCGAAGGGCGCCUUCUCCAGACCCUGCCUGAGCUGGGCCUGCCCCUCCCCCUCCAGCAGUUCCUGCUGCUCCGCUUCGAGGAUGUGCUGUACUAG